CACAAUUUAUUUCUGAUUAAAAAUUUGUUGAUUGUAACUGCUUAUAUAUUACUCUGUACCGUGAGCAUUAAAAAGAGGUCCACUGAUUGGCACAAAUCAUUUUGGAAUAGAAAGGAAAAAGCAGGAAAAGUGGGUAAAGUGGUCACAGAAAUGGGGCGGGUAUCUCUUUUGAAAACAUAACAUAGCAUCAAACAACCACGUUCCUAUUUAACCGUCCCCCUAACCGCCACAACUCUUCUCUCUCUCUCUCUCUCUCUCUCUCUCUCUCUCUCUCUUUCUUUUCUUAAAACUUACAAACCUUAACCAAAUCAAGAAAUCAAAUAAUGAAGUGGGGGGGUGGUAGAAAACCUUCUUCUUCUUCUAAGCCUUCUUUCAUCUCUCAUGUAUCUCCAUUUUCAUGGCUGUCAAAGUUCAAACAAAUGAAAAUCAACUCAGACUCAGAGUCAAAACCUGAAAAGCUGAAACAGAAGUCCCCACCUGAAUUUGCAUGUGGAAAUCAUAGAGGCAGGUUUUAUGGAGGUGAUGAUGACGAUGCUUUCUGGAGAUUGUCAUUUGGUGAAGAAGUUACUAAUGAGCAAAAGAAGAAAAAUGAAGAUAUUGUGAAGCCAGAAAUGUACAAUUUGGAUGCUAAAAGAUAUAGAAGAAGAGAAGAAAGAAAAUUGGGGAAUGAAACUAAGAGUGCAAAGGGACUUGAAUGCUUAAAGAAGAGAUAUGAGAGGAAAGCACAGCGAGUUUUACAAGAGGAGCUCUUGAAGUUAGAGAAUGCAGAACAGGAAGCUGAAUUAUUUGCAUCAAAUGCAGAAACUUCUGAUCUUGGAAGUAUCAGAGAAAAUGGUGUGUGGCAGAAUGUGAAAGAAAGUGAGGAGUUUAAAGCAAAGGUUAACAAAAAGAGGCGAUCAGUUCAUGUGAGCAGAGAACUUCAGAGGAGGAAACCAAAGCACAGCACCACCAAAUUAAGAGUACAUUCUCCAAGGAUGGCUACUAAGGUUGAAAUAUGCAGAAUAAAGGCUAUAGAAGACAAAAAGAAAGCAAAACUAAACAUGAUGAAACAAGAGGAAAUUGUGGAGGAAACAGAAGGGCUAGAUAGUUUUGCUGUGGUGAAGUGUUCUUUGGAUCCACAGCAAGAUUUUAUAGAUUCAAUGAUUGAGAUGAUUAAAGAGAAACAGAUAAGUCAGGCAGAAGAAAUGGAAGAGCUAUUAGCAUGUUAUUUAACUUUGAAUUCCAAUGAAUAUCAUGAUCUCAUUAUCAAAGCAUUUCGGAAGGUAUGGUUAUAUAUGAGUCCAUCAGACAAGCCAAGUUGUUAGUAUGAUUAACAACUUCCUGUUAGAAUUGUAAAUAGUUGUUCUUGUUCAAGUUAUAAUCUCUACUUUUAAUAUUUAAUUUCACUACUCUAUUCAUAGACUUUGCACAAAGAAAAAGAACAAGUUCUUAUGUGCAUGCAAAUCUGUAUAGUACCAAGUUAUUUGCACUCAAAUAAUGGUUGCUUAUGUUGUUGAA